UCUCUCUGGUUUCACUCGACAUUGGUAAAAGAAAGAUAAACUCUGAACUGGUGUAGCCAGUUCAGAUAAAAAGAACAGACCUAUUUGCACCAAACCAAACCUUACGAGUUUAAAAUGUUCAACCGCAGACUCUGCUGUGUGACGUGACAGUGACCUCUCAUUUAAUAAAAAACGUAAUUUGUGUAGAUGUACGAGGUAAUAACAAAAACAACAAAUAAUACGAACGUGAUAAGUCGUGAUCCAAGAAAUUAUUUAAAUUGUACAAUGAGUCAGAUAAAAAAUGAUCACUCUAAUUUUUUGCUGUCAAAUUGCAAAACUAAAGUACGAGAGAUAAGGCAACCUGUAAGACUUGUACAAGGUCUUAGUGGCAAAAAGUCACAAGAUGAUCAAAGAAAUCCAACCAUUAAACUGAGUCAACCUGAAAGACUCACCCCUUAUGGAAAAAGAGGGAGUUGCAAAAAAAAUCCAACUGUUACACUAACUAAACCUGAAAGACUUACUCCAUAUUUGAAAAGUGCACAGAAAAGUUGUAAGAAAGACACUUUCCUUCAGCACGAUACAACAAAUGCAAGAAGAAAUUUAAACUUUUAUGUAAAUAACAGUCCAAAAAGAAAAAAAACAAAGUUACAUGAUAGAAGGAGCUUCUUAUUGCCACCUAAUACUAUAAAAGAAACAUAUAUCAAAGAAAGACAAAGCACCUUUAUAUUGCCUCAAUGUCAAACAUUAGCGACGACAUCUAAGAUCAAAAGUCCUAGAUCAUCCGAUGAAACGUGUUCAUCUUCAACAAAAAAUGUUUGUUUCAAUAUCAUACACGAAAAGAGUAACGCAACGCCAGUUGUACAACACACUUUGUUGCGCAUACCCGAUACGAUUGACGAAUCCGGUGUACUAAGUAUUGCAUGUUCGUCUCCCGCUUGCGCACCGAGAAACAAAAAUGUCCAAAAGAAAUUAAAUUCCGAUAAAGAUUUUUGCAUUACCGUUUGCGUUAGUCCAAAAAUAACCAACAGCCUACAAUUUUCUGAAUCCAAUGCAAACAAAGUAACAAAGGAAGGAAUAACAAAAGAAACAUAUUUAGUUAACGAAAUAGAGAAAUUCGCACGUACUGUGAAUAAUCAAGAAGAAAAUGCGCAUUCGUCACGAAUGAUCAAAAUGACAACCGACGGGUGCGUGCUUUCGCCGUGCAAUAAUAACGGACCUGACGAACUUGUAACUCUUCGUAAAACUGAUCUUACAGCUCUAGAACUCAAGUUGGCAAGUCUCAUCGGUAGACUGAAAGAAGAUCUGUCGGAAUUAACUGCAUUUGCAAAUACGAUAUCUAAGAUAAAUGCAGCGAGUGAACUAAAUGACAAGGACGAAAAGAAGAAACGGGAAACAACUGAAAAUUUAAAUGCCAUCAUUGAGAUACCCGAAAGAGAUAAUAAUAAUCUUGAAAUGCAAGUCGGUCUUGAAAUCAACAAGGAAAAUGAAAAUUCGAAUAAUAUAAAAUGCUCGGAAAACGAUAUCAAAUUCAAAACGAGAAGACGUUCUGCACGUUUGAUGGCAAAGUCUUUAAAUAAUUUGUGUAAUUCUAAUUCCAACGAUAGUUUCGUUAAUUUAGAAAAUGAACUGAAUAUCACACAUGCGAACUCUAACGUAAAGUAUACACCUGUUAAAAAUUGUAAGUAUCCUGAUGUUACCAAGUACAAAAAAAUAAACGGAAAGCCUAUGAAGGAAUAUCUGGCGUUGAAAUCGCGCAUGAGCUGUUUGUUGACACCGAAGACACCGAAAUCAUACAGUUCUUCUAAUUUGGGACACAUAUGUCACGAAAACGGUAACGCAAAAGCAAGCAUAUCAAAUAAAUUGUUCUCAGAACUUAAUAACUUAUAUGCGGAUUCGCCAGAUUCGGUGUAAUUUUACAUGUGUUUUAUAUUGUUACGGGCCGUGGGUCUCGUCAUUUCUGAUCAAACUAAUCGGUCCAUUACCAUAUCAACCAUGAUUAAUCGGGUCUUCUAAACGACUAAUGCAAUUGUAGUCAAUGAAAUAAUCGGCAAAUUAAGUUAAUCGGAGAUAGUGAACUCUAUAAUUUAUAUAAAUAUAUAUACAUAUAUAUAUAUAUAUAUAUGUAUGUAUAUAUAUACAGUCAAACCUCGAUAACUCGAACCUCUAUAAAACAAUUAUUUUAUUCAUUCCCUUCCGCUCCGCGGAAAGGAAAAAAAGCUUCGAUAAAAGUCGAAAUCUCUACAACUCGAAGAUUUUAGCUCUUCCCUUGAGAUUUGAGUUAGUGAGUUUAUUCGAAUGUAUAUAUAUACGUAUAUGUAUAUAUAAAUUAUACACACAUGUAAUCUUAUAUCUUACGUAUUAUGUCAUAAAUUAUUAUAUAUUAUAAGGAAAGAGUAUAAAAAAA